AUGGCGGUGGGAAGCCUUGAGGAUGAGGAGGGCUUCGCCGACACCGUGGCGGCGCAGAGCCGGAACUAUUCGGCCAUCAGAGAUUGGGGGCAACAGGAGUGGCAGUGGGGAGCAGUUCUUUUGGGACUGGUCACGGCGCUGCCUCAUUUGGCCGUCCAUCAAGAAAAACGUCAUGUUUGGGUGGCAGAGGACACGGUGGGAACCGUUCACAGAGGAUCCAUCAAUUGCUGCAACAACUCCUAUGCAACUUGGAGAACUCAAACCUGGAACGUGAAACAUUGUGAAACCAUGUUUUCAGAGGUGACAAAAACCGAUGAACACUUGUGUGCACUAAUGGGUCUCGUGGGGCUGAACAUUGAGGUCUUUCCCUCGCCCAUCUUCGCAUUCCUGGACCAAGUGAAAGAAGGCGGCGGUGGCGGCGGUUACACUCCAACCCGUUGCCGGUGUCUUGGAUCCAUCAAAUGCGAGGUGUCAAUGCUUGCCAGUUUGCUUUCCAAGAUGCACAGGAAAACCAUGUUGGAUUAG